AUGACUUUAUUUACAAUUUUCAUCAUUCUUCACCUUCACCUUACUCCACCAUUGCUUCGCCAAGCCCAUAAGCUUGUUAGAGCCGACGACAAGUUGAUGCAAAUGGAAUGUCACAAUGCGGAGGUACCAACGACAUGCAUGCAGUGUCUAAAAUCUAACCGACGUGCCGCAACUGCUGAUAAAGUGGGAAUCGCCACUAUUCUUGUGAUUUGUCUGCAAAAUCACGCAAAGACCUUAGCAACCAACAUGUCAGAUUUAGCUUCCCGCGCCAAAGAUCAAGCGGCGAAGACUCUUCUUCAAGAGUGUGGCCAAGGGUAUUCCUCAGCAGAAAAGGAGCUGUCUUCAGCGACCUCUAGUUUGAAGAAUGGCAAGUACGACGAUGCUGAAAGGUUUGUGAAUGAGGCACUUAAGUAUGAGCUCACAUGCCACUCAAAGACCGGAAGCUAUAAAGAGCGAAUCCCGGAAAACCUUGUUCUUGAAAUGAAGAUUUACGAACAACUUUCUGAGGCUGCAAAUAGAAUAGUCGAACGACUUUAA